ACCCUAACCCUAACCCUAACCCUAACCCUAACCCUAACCCUAACCCUAACCCUAACCCUAACCCUAACCCUAACCCUAACCCUAACCCUAACCCUAACCCUAACCCUAACCCUAACCCUAACCCUAAACCCUAACCCUAACCCUAACCCUAAGUUUAAUACCCUAUAUAGGCUCUUAAUUGGGAAGGGAUACCAUCCGAGGUGCUGGAAGACAGCUAAGGGGGUUAUACUAAGAAAGUCAGCAUCAAUAAAAAGGGACUUUUCUAUGCCUAAGGCAUAUAGGGUUAUCUCCCUACUAAACUGCCUAGGGAAAAUAGCUGAGAAGAUUAUAGCUAGGAGACUUUCUACCCUAGCUGAGUCAUCUCGCCUACUAUACUAUGACCAGGUAGGGGGUAGGCAAAGAAAAUCAGCUAUAGAUGCAGUCAUGUCUCUAGUUCAUGAUAUUCAGACUGCUAAACAUAGAAAAGAGAUGACUACUACCCUAUUUAUUGAUGUCAAAGGGGCUUUUGACCAUGUCUCUACAAAUCAAUUACUCAGAGUCUGUAUUAGGCUAGGGUUACCAUAUAGCCUAAUUAGUUGGAUCUACGAGGCCGUCAUCCUGGUCAGCAGGCGGGAAGCCAGGUUGUCGACAGACAAAAAAUUUACUCGAAAGAAAAAAUCAACACGCGACAGUCAUCUGAACUCAACUGCACGAAAUAUGCAUUAUUAUUGUAUAUCAAAAAUAAGUUGCUAG